AUGGUGUCCAUCGUUGUCCAGGUGACCUGCAGCUUCCUUGCCUGGCUGGCUCUGUACGCCUGCUUCUGCUACUGGAACCAGCACCGUUCCUGCGAGUGGAGCUGUCGCUUGGUCACCCUGCUGCAUGGGGUGAUUGUCACCUGCCUCUCUGGUUACGUUGCUCUCGUGGAUGGCCCCUGGCCUCUGACCCAUGCAGGUUCACCAAACACAUCUCUUCAGAUCCAUGUGCUGUCCCUGACCUUGGGUUACUUUAUCUUUGACCUGGGCUGGUGCCUAUAUUUCCAGACGGAGGGGGACCUAAUGCUGCUCCAUCACACUCUGAGCAUCUGUGGCAUGAUCAUGGUGCUGGGGCUCGGGAAGUCUGCUACGGAAGUCAAUGCUGUUGUAUUUGUUAGUGAGAUCACCAACCCACUGCUCCAGACCCGCUGGUUUCUGCGGGAAAUGGGAUGUUACCACACUUUCCUGGGAGAAGUGGUGGAUUUCUUCUUUGUGUUCCUCUUCCUGGUGCUGCGAAUCGGGGGAGGAGCUUUGAUCAUGUAUGCCAUGGUGACAUCCCCUGAUCCCAACUGGUUCCUCAAGGCUGGAGGCCUGGCCAUGUACAUUGUAUCUUUGGGCUUCACUGUUGAAAUCUUCCGCUUCAUCAGGAGGAAAAUAGUGAAAAAAUAUUGUUCCUUGACAAACACCAGGAGUAUGAAUGCACCUGUGAAAACUAACGGGCACUUGAAAGCUCAUUAA